AUGGCUGAACUAUAUAUUGAACUACAGUCUGAAAAGCAAGAACCGGAGGCAAUUCCCUGCUGCGACGACCGCCCUCCAGAAUAUGAAGCAUGCCAGCCAGAUCUAGUCCCCUCUGUCAUCAAGAAUCGGGAAAAAUGCGGGACCUCAUCCAGGCGUCUUGAAAAGGCGAUGCUGGAAUUGGAGGAAUUGAUACGGAGCAUUGCAAGCCAGGGGCCAGUGGGUGAAGAUCAGUACACUCAACUUGCGAAUGAGUAUCUGACCAUGGGUCGGUUACUUGACGAGGGGAGCUCGGCGGCCAAAGAUUUGGGAAGUGUUUUCCAGGAACGCAGCUUAAACUCCAGAAUUUAUCAUGUUACAUCUCACCCACAAUGA